UUUAAUUCACUUUAUCACACACACACACACACACUCACGCUAUUAUCAAGUCUGAAUAUAUUCAACAUUGCGUGCUUUUUAGCUUUUACACCAUUACAGAAUCGAUUUGUUUUCACUGAGCUACUGUUUACUUGUUUAGUGAGAAUUGGGUGUGUGUGUGUGUGUUUGGAUUGUUAAUUAAGAUGAGUGCUGGUUUGCCGAGUCACGUGGUCGGCUGACUGCUGCUGCUAUACACUGAUAUUGUGACUACAAUAAAACACACGCUCACUGCAGUGCAGGGACCGUCUGCAAGGAUCGAUCGACCUUUUAUCCUGGCAGCGGUGACGGCGGCCCAACAACAAAUAAAAAGAAGUUACUUUUCCAGGACGACAGGAGAGAGAAAAUCAUAUUGUUUACAACACGGGGGCGGUUCCGUGUGCUCUCUUAGUUGUGUCCGUGUGCUCCGGGAAUUAGGUCGGACAACCAUGAGGUUGACAUUUGGCGGGAAAUUGUGCGGUUCUACCUGAGAAAUUGACCAGAGAAAAUUCGUAAAACGUCGAAAUUCGGACAGUGAAAUCGACGAAUUUCUAGUGCGGAUUAACAAAGAAAUCGGAGACUAAAUCCUUCCAGGAUUACAUUUGGUGAUCCAGCGCAUCCAGUAAAAAACAAAAUAAUUUCCAUUCAACAUGGGUAAGAAGAAUUCCAAGCUCAAACAGGAGACCAUCGAUUCUCUCACUCACGACACUUACUUUACCGAAAAGGAAAUCAGGCAAUGGCAUAAAGGAUUUCUGAAGGAUUGCCCCAACGGCCUCUUGACUGAAAAGGGAUUCAUCAGGAUCUACAAGCAGUUCUUUCCACAAGGCGAUCCUUCGAAAUUCGCCACUUUGGUGUUUCGAGUCUUUGACGAGAAUAACGAUGGAUCUAUUGAAUUUGAAGAGUUUAUUCGGGCGUUGUCUGUGACGUCCAGAGGAAAUCUGGACGAGAAACUUCAAUGGGCGUUCAAACUCUACGAUGUGGACAACGACGGUUUCAUCACGCGGACUGAAAUGUACAACAUCGUCGACGCUAUUUACCAGAUGGUGGGUCAGACUCCCAACUCUGAAGAUGAAAACACUCCACAGCGACGGGUGGACAAGAUCUUCAGCCAGAUGGAUAAAAACAACGACGACAAGCUGACGCUCGACGAGUUCCGCGAAGGAAGCAAGGCGGAUCCCAGGAUCGUCCAGGCCCUCUCGUUGGGUGACACUUAGACAAAAGAAUCUUGGGAAAGCCCCGGAAGCCAGCAAAGCAGGAAAAGAACAAAAACAAAAAUAAAUGCUAUCCCUCCAGGAGAAGAACAACAUUCAACAGCAGCAGCAACAACAACA